AUGUAAGCUAGAGAUUAAUGGGGAUGAGGAGUAUCGUUCUUGUGUUGUUGGUUUUGUUGGGUUUCUCUUAUCAAUUCAGUCAAGUCAAGGCCUUUACGGGUUCUGGUUGGAACCAAGGCCAUGCUACCUUCUAUGGCGGUGGCGACGCCUCCGGAACAAUGGGUGGUUCUUGUGGUUAUGGUGAUCUAUUCUCAACCGGUUAUGGGUCUAAGACUGCAGCUUUAAGUAGUGCCUUGUUCAAUGACGGUGCCUCUUGUGGACAGUGCUUCCGGGUCAUAUGUGACUACAAAUCAGACUCCAAGUGGUGCAUAAAGGGUCAAUCGGUGAUCGUCACUGCGACCAAUUAUUGCCCGCCGAAUUAUGAUCAGACAAGCGACAAUGGUGGCUGGUGCAAUCCUCCUCUGAAGCAUUUUGACAUGGCUCAGCCUGCUUGGGAGAAGAUUGGCAUCUACAAAGGAGGGAUUGUACCUGUUCUCUACCAAAGGGUCCCUUGCAAGAAACAUGGUGGAGUAAGAUUCACCAUCAAUGGAAAGAACUACUUUGAACUGGUCUUGAUACACAAUGUGGGAGGAAAUGGAGCAGUAAAGGCUGCUUGGAUCAAAGGUUCGAAAACUGAAUGGAAGGUGUUGUCUAGGAAUUGGGGGGCUAAUUGGCAGUCCAAUGCCUAUCUCAGUGGUCAGUCUCUCUCCUUCAAGGUCACUACUGAUGAUGGAAAGACUCUUAUCUUCCAAGACUUAAUCCCAUCGAAUUGGGAAUUUGGUCAGACUUACACUAGUAAAAUACAAUUCUAAGCUCAAACAAGAGGCUUUAGGGAUCAAUUUUGGCAGUGGCUUAUUGCUUGUUAUUUUACUAAAGCAGCCCGCUAUUCUCUUCAUC